AUGCUUUCGCGGAUCAUGAUUACGGCGUGUGGUGAUUACGGCGUGUGGCGAUCUAGGUUGACUGGGCCGGCGGUGGCGAAGAACGUGGAUGCGCUGUUGUAUCUAGACGCGAACAGCGAGCUCAGCAAUGCGAUUCCAUUGGCGCGCUUGGUACGAGGAGCGGAUAUUCCGCUGGUCGUGGGAUACAUCUCAUGUCUACCUGACGAAACACACGAACCGCAUCCUGACGAGUCUCCUUCGCCGACCUCCGCCGGAGCGCCCUGGAUCGCCGUACAGAGUUGCAAAGACGCCAAUCCGGCGACUCUCUUACGUGCCGCUAAGCUAGGCGCAAGCGCCGCGGUCCUGUACACGACAACCGCCGAGCCGUGUCUUUCUGUAUCUGACAGUUUGACGUCUUACGCGCGUGCGAGCCUCGUGCCCCCUUUGAGCAUUUUCGUGGUGCGCGACGCGCGCGAUGCAUCGAUGCUCGAUAUCAUGGAUAUGCCCGCGCUGGAAGAGGUUACAACUUCUCCGAUUGCGACCCGUGGCAUGCUUCUGGAUUUCCAACCCGCAUCCCCCUUGAGAAUCCAGAGGCGGGAAACUAGCAACGAGUCUAUGAUUGUUCUGUAUACCAUCACGGGCAGUGUAGCGGCGCUGUUUUGUAUCCUCAUUGGGACAGGCAUCUUCCGCGCAUGGCGCCAUCCCGAGCGAUAUCGCGUACAGGAGGGGGUAGAUGCAGGGACCUUUGGCGCUGGUGCGGGCGGCACGCUUACGCGCGCCAUUCUUGACACCUUCCCGGUCAUCAAGUUCGGGGCUCCGGCGCGCCCAAGUCAAGAUGAUACGGAUGAAGAGAAGGACCCCAACCUGUACGAGAUGGGAGUACGGCGCGGGAGUACGGAGAAGCGGAUCUCUGGUGCGUCGGACGGCGAUGCUGGGUGGAACAUAGUAGAGCGUCCUAUGAGCUACGCUGAGGACGACACACCCGCCGAGUCUGCCAACGGAGAGGCGGAGGCUAGUACGAGUACAUCGCCCGUCAGCGUUCGGCCACGACCGCGGCCCGCCCGCGAACCUUCAAGCGCACCGGCAGAGGAUGCUCCUCUGCCAGAUCAAAUUGGGCGAGAGACCUGCCCUAUCUGUAUCGUCGAUUUUGAGGAAGGAGACGAUCUGCGCGUUCUUCCAUGCGAUGGGCAUCAUCGAUUCCAUCAAACAUGUGUCGACCCUUGGUUACUGGAGCUCAGCACGUCCUGUCCGCUGUGCCGACAGGACUUUGUUGCUCUUCAGAACAUUAUAUCGGGCGCGAGUCAAGAUGGACACGUCGUGAUGGAUCCCCAGACAGGAGAGCUCGGUCACUGGGAGUUGCGUGAGAGUGGACCACGGCAUUCAAGCGUGUACGGGCGUUUCUCGAAGUAUCUCCGCUUUGCACUCGCGCGAAGACGCGGGCUCCGCGGCAGCCGCGGUGGCGAGCAGUUUGAGGAGGAGGUGCCGCCUUUGCCAACUGAACCACCCUCUGCUGUGCUUGCGAGCCAUGGUGCGACUUCCAUUGCAUGA